GCAUCGUCUUCUUCGCCAUUCUCUGCGCCAUUCGAUCAAAAACCCUUACACUUGUCCUCUUCAAUCCCUCUCAAUUUUCUUCCAUUUUCUCACCAAUCUUCUCACCAAACUCUAUCAAUUUCAAAGAGGAAGGAUGCCAAGGUGCAAGAACGCUUCCUCGGGUCAAGAAACCACGGUAGAGGAAAAUGAGAGGCCAUGGCGUCGCGAAGGAAGCAAGUACAUUCACAUUCAAACGGGUCUCGCCUUCAACACUGGGGCUUCAGUCGAGAGGUUCCACAAGAUCUUCCUCACGAAGGAGAUCGUCGCCCCCAAGAUCGUGAACAAGGACCUCUUCAAAUCGGCGACCUAUGCCCCGAGUAAGUCUAUGUUCUUUCAACAAGGAUUGCUUCGGUUCAUUCAUUUGACGUAUGAAUUUUUCUGUCCAAAUCUUAUACGUCAAUUUUAUGCAAAUCUUCGUACCACUAAGGGAGGUUCGCCAUCUCUCAUUUCUUAUGUUGACGGCAAAACCGUUUUCAUUGACGGUGCCAGUUUGACUUCGUUGUUUGGUCUUCGUCGUGGUGAAAUUACCGAAAACUUGGAUGAAACAUUCCAAGAUGAGGCAAUUUGGCGACAACUCGAGUUGGAUCAUCGUGACCUCAAGUGUAGAAACUCUAGCAACCCGAGUGUCGUUAAUCUCACUUUAAUUCAACGCGUCCAACAAUACAUUUUUUCAUAUGUUUUGUUGCCCCGUGAUUCGAACCAUGGCGUCAUCAACAAGGACGAUAUUCGUUUGUUUCACGUCCUGUUGAACGAUGUCAAAUUUUAUUGGGUUCACUUCUUUAUCGUUGCCCUUAGCGAUGGCACUCGUUUUUCCCAUCUCCGGUUUGCCAUCCCCGUUAUGCAUAUCCUUGCUCAUUGCAAAAUAGACUUUACUCGAGACACUCAGGUGCCGGUUAAGAAGACUUGUUUCAUCACUGAAGCCAAGUUUUCCCGGAUCGUGUAUCGAGAGGAGGGAGAUGCUGCACCAAAUCUGGACUUGGUCGUCGCCGAAGAAGAAGAAGAAAGCCAAAACGAGAAUCAAGCUGAGUCAUCUCAAGCCGGAGGUAGUCGAGCCACGGAGCGCGUCACUC